AUGAGUGAUCCCCUUCAGAUCCCACAUGAGUAUUAUCAGCCAGGUGAUCUCACCAUUGGUUCUAUCUCUUCCCAGUUCUUCUCCUUCUUUGACACUAUGUUGUUUGAUCGACAUCCCCGUGCAACGUUUAUUGAAGAACCUGUCAUAGUGACAAAAAACUACCAGCAUGUCCUGGCCUUGGUUUUUGCUAUGAAGGAGGUCAAUGAGAAUCCCAAGAUCUUACCCAACAUUACAUUGGGAUUCCACAUCUUUGACAGCUACUUCAAUGAAAAGAUGACUUACCAGACCACCCUGAAUCUUCUUUUUAGCCUCAAAAGGAUUGUCCCCAACUACAAAUGUGAUACACAGAAGAAUCUGAUAGCAACCAUUGGAGGACUUGACUCUGAAACCUCCUUCUACAUGGCCACGAUGUUACAUAUUUACAAGAUUCCACAGGUCUCUUAUUACUUAUUUGGUCCUAUGCUGAGCACUAAGGUCUUGUUCCCUUUCAUCUACCGUGUGGUCCCCAAUGAAGAGUACCAGUACACGGGGAUUGUCCAACUACUUCUGCAUUUCCAAUGGACGUGGGUCGGAAUCAUCACAUUGGAUGAUGAAAAAGGAGAAAAUUUUGUGCGAACCUUGAUGCCAAUGCUUUCUCAGAGUGGCAUUUGUCCUGCUUUCACUGCAAGAAUCCCAUCCUUUACUAGUUUUUCUGAAUUAUCUGACAGGUACUUAGAGACAGAGAUUAUACUGCAUCUUUUCAGUCAUAGCAAAGCCAAAGUGAUAGUCGUAUAUGCAGAAACUCUAUCCACGUUGGGCUUGAAGUUGUUGCUAAAAGAAACAGAAAAUAUGGAGGAGAACCUGGGCAGGGUGUGGAUUAUGACAGCACAGUGGGAUUUUCUAGCAGUACAGUUUUACAGGAACUGGGAUAUACAUGUCUUCCAGGGAACCUUGUCUUUUGCAGUUCACUCCAAUGAGGUGCCAGGAUUCCAAAAUUUCCUUCUGACCUUAAAUCCACACUCUCUAAAUGGAGACAAUUUUAUCAGGGACUUUUGGGAGCAGGCUUUCGACUGUUUAUUUUUGGAUGCCUAUGCGGCUGGAGGGAGCAAUGGAACUUGCACUGGGAUGGAAACACUGCAGAGCCUGUCUGGUCCUUUUUUUGAAAUGAGCAUUACUCCUCAAAGCUACAGUAUAUACAAUGCUGUCCAUGUUGUGGCACAUGCUGUACAUGCCAUGUGCUCAUCGGAUACUAAUCUCAGACCUGUGACAUCACAUCCAUACCCACAACCAUGGCAGCUUCAUCCUUUCUUGAGAAGAAUUUCAUUUAACAACAGCGUUGGUGACCAGGUGUCAUUGAAUGAGAAAGGUGAAUUGGAAAGUGGAUUUGACAUAAUAAACUGGAUUACUUUCCCAAACAAAUCUUUCUCAAGGGUGAAAGUUGGAAUGAUGGAUCCAUGGGCCUUACAAACCAGAGAGUUUAUCAUCAAUGAAGAGAUCAUCACAUGGCACAGCAUGUUUAACCAGAUGCCACCCUCGUCAGUGUGCAAUGACAACUGCCAUCCAAGUUCUGUUAGGAAGAAAAAGGAAGGAGAACCAUUCUGUUGUUACAAUUGUGUCCCAUGUCCAGAGAGGAAGAUUUCUAACCGAAAAGACAUGGAUAACUGUAUUGAGUGCCCAGAAGAUGAGUAUCCAAACAGCAACCAAGAUGGAUGCCUUCCCAAGGUUUUAAAUUUCCUGCCUUAUGAUGGAAGCUUGAGCAUCGGUUUAGUUUGUACGGCUUUUUCAUUUUCCAUGGUCACAGCUUUGGUGCUUGGGAUAUUCAUUAAGUACCAAAACACUCCCAUUGUCAAAGCCAACAAUUGUGGCCUCACCUACACACUGCUCAUCUCCCUCCUGCUCGGCUUUCUCUGCUCCUUGCUAUUCAUUGGCCGCCCUCAGCCAGUCACCUGUCUCCUGCGGCAAAUGGCAUUUGCCAUCAUCUUCUCAGUGGCUAUUUCUUCUGUGUUGGCAAAAACUAUUACGGUGGUUCUGGCAUUCAUAGCCACCAAACCAGGAUCCAGGAUAAGGAACUGGGUGGGGAAAGGACUAGCAGCUUUUAUAGUUCUGUCCUGCUCCCUUUUUCAAACAGUUAUUUGUACUGUGUGGCUCUGCAUGGGUCCUCCAUUCCCAGACAUGGACAUGCAAUCCUUGGCUGAAGAAAUUGUGGUAGAAUGUAAUGAAGGUUCUGGCUCCAUGUUUUACUGUGUUCUGGGGUACAUGGGAUUUUUGGCUUUAGUCAGCUUUGUUGUGGCUUUCUUUGCUAGGAAGUUGCCCGACACCUUUAAUGAAGCCAAGUUCAUCACUUUCAGCAUGUUGGUGUUUUGCAGUGUGUGGAUCUCUUUUGUUCCAACGUACCUGAGCACCAAGGGAAAAUACAUGGUGGUUGUGGAGAUCUUCUCCAUCUUGUCCUCUAAUGCUGGUUUAUUGGGCUGUAUCUUUUUCCCAAAAUGUUAUAUAAUUCUUCUGAAGCCACAGCUGAACAGUAAGGAGCACCUAAGAAGGAGAAAUAAAUAG